GCUGCACAUCCUCCCAGGCAGCCAUCUUUGUUGACAUCAUUCGCUAUUCUUGUUGUCUUGUUUUGAGAAAUUGCACAAGAUUUUUUGAUAUUCAUACGCAACGAUAACACAAGARUAAACGGCAGACUUCAGUUCAUACAAUAUGGACUCUUUGUUUGGCAACAGAAGGAUUUCUAUCAACGCCCUAAAGGAUUUUUCAAAAUUCUACUCCUGUCUAUCAUUGGCAAUGGUUUCUGCUGCAGCGGGAAGUGGURUUCAUCUKUUUACUGACAUACUCAAGGGAGGUUUCCUGUCAUCCAUUGCUUUGUUUGGAUUCUUGAUUGCUUUGGCAUUAACUCCCCACAAUGGCAAAAACCAGUCCAAAAGAGUUGGAAUUCUCAUGGGAUUUGCUUUCUGCAGUGGUUUAAGUCUUGGACCACUGAUGGACGUGGUCAUCCAAAUUGACCCAAGUAUCAUAGUCACAGCUUUUCUUGCAACUGUGUUUAUUUUUGUCUGCUUCACUGUGAGCGCUUUGUGGGCUGAACAGAGGAGCUACCUGUACUUGGGAGGAAUCCUUGGGUCAGGCCUUUCCAUGCUUCUCUUGCUCGGUUUCAUCAACUUGUUUUUGGGAUCAUACCUUUUCUACCAGAUUCACCUCUAUGGUGGCCUGGUGCUUUUCUGUUUCUUUGUCAUGUAUGACACACAACUGAUUGUUGAGAAACACCGCUUGGGRGACAAAGACUAUGUCUGGCAUUCUCUUGAUUUGUUCUUGGACUUCAUCAACAUUUUCCGUCGUAUCAUGGUCAUCCUGGCUCAAAACAAGGAUUCCAAGAAGCGAAGAAACUAAUUAUUGCAAUCUGCUGAUCUAACAGCAUCAAUAAAAUAGUACUAACAUCAGAUAUUUAAUCAUGUUGCUAUUAAUGAUUGCUUUGCAGUUAGCUUGCCAUUGUAGGUUUAAUGUAGUGUUGUAUUAUAAUGRCUGUUUGUACUAGAGUAAAGCCUGGUUUACAAUAAUAAAAGCUCUAACAUCAUAUAAUGKYGCACUCCUAUCGACACAAACMAGAAACAUUUUUUUGUAAUAUCUCAAGUUUGUGCUUUUGUUACUUWUGUAAACCAGAUUAAAAUGUAACUGAAUUUCUCAGAAUAUAGAAAGAAUAUGAAUAUUUGUGAUUUUCCAUUUGACAUGGCUGUGUCUGUACAUGGAGGUAAUAUGUGGCUAACAUCCACUACCUGCUUUAAGCACAAUCUAAGCAUGUUUUGUAUAACUGUAUCUCGUUGAUUUGAAAAUAAAGUCUCGGUCAAUAU